AUGUCGACCGAACGAGUCGGAGAGUCCUCCGACUCCCUGUCUCGGCGGCGCCCUAAUUUCUCGACACGAACCGCCCAGGAGGAUGUGUCUCGCCUGGCACCUGGGGACUCGGCCCAUUCCACUUCAGAUGAGCGUACUAGACUGCUUCCAUGGCCCCCUACUCGAUGGGCCCGUCCCUAUGAGCCCAUGAACUCGACAGAACGAAGCGAGAACCUGCAGAAUUCCUCAACGUCAGAUUAUUUCCACGGGAUAUCUAGGUGGUGGAGUAGACGGGCCGAUGGUGCUCAGGAAGGAGAGCUUGGUGGAGAUGCGACUUCUCAACAUGUGCCUAUGCCUGCGGCAGGACCGCUUCGAGAUUCGAGUGCCGAUAAGAAGGACAAGAAUGGGCACCGCUCGAGAUCCUUUGAUGAACCGAAGAAGCUUGGAACAUUCUCAGGUGUCUUCGUGCCCACAACCUUGAAUGUACUGAGUAUUCUGAUGUUCCUUCGCUUCGGGUUCAUCCUGGGACAGGCUGGUGUCUUGGGUAUUCUAGGCCUUCUCGCUAUCUCUUAUACUAUCAACCUGGUGACGACGAUGUCUUUAUCUGCGAUUGCAACCAACGGAACAGUUCGAGGUGGCGGUGCCUACUACCUGAUCUCUCGAUCUCUAGGUCCCGAGUUCGGUGGCUCGAUUGGCAUUGUGUUUUAUCUGGGAUUAGUAUUCAACACUGGUAUGAACGCCGUUGGUUUGGUAGAUUGCUUCACCCAGAACUUUGGCACACAAUCGGGCGACUGGGCCAACUUCCUGCAGGAAGGCUUUUGGUGGCAGUAUCUGUGGGGAACCGUGAUUCUGAUACUCUGCACGGCCAUCUGCUUAGCAGGAAGCUCGAUAUUUGCCAGAGCAAGCAAUGGCCUGUUGGUCAUACUUUUGGUCGCCACGUUCAGCAUUCCACUUUCGGCGAUAUUCAUGAAGCCUUUCCCGGUUCCUCGCCAGGGUGUUGAGUUUACGGGACUUCGACUGAAAACUUUGGUGGACAACCUUCUACCUCACCUAACCAAAGGAGCUGCUGGGAGCCAAAUCAAAGGAAGAGAGAACUUCCAGGAUCUUUUUGGCAUCCUGUUCCCCGCCACGGGAGGCAUAUUCGCCGGUGCAAGCAUGUCUGGUGACCUCAAGAAUCCAAGCAAGGCCAUUCCCAAGGGUACACUCUCGGGAUUGGCAUUGACAUUUAUCUCCUAUGGGCUUGUCAUUCUCGCGAUGGCGGCCUCAGUUACUCGAGAAUCGUUCUACAAUAAUGUGAACGUUAUCCAAGUCGUCAACGCUUCUGAUAGUGUGAUUCUCCUUGGAGAAUUCGCGACAAGUUUCUUCUCUGCUUUGAUGGGCGUUAUUGGAUCUGCCAAACUCCUGCAAGCUAUUGCACGCGAUAGUCUCCUGCCUGGAAUCGGAAUGUUCGCGCAAGGAACGAAGAAGACCGACGACCCGGUCUAUGCGAUCAUUGUGACCUUCGUGUUCGCCCAAGUCACGAUGUUGUUUGAUAUCAAUCGCAUCGCUUCCUUUGUCACAAUGACUUACUUGAUGACCUUUUUGGUUACCAACCUUGCAUGUUUCCUGUUGAAGAUUGGCUCGGCGCCAAACUUUCGUCCGUCGUUCCACUACUUCAACUGGCAGACGGCUGCGGCAGGGACGUUGGUUAGCGGUGUCAGCAUGUUCUUUGUUGACGGGCUAUAUGCCACAGGAUGCGUGGGAAUCCUCGUCAUCCUGUUCUUGUUGAUUCAUUAUAGCUCGCCGCCCAAGCCUUGGGGCGAUGUUAGCCAGAGCUUGAUCUACCACCAAGUCCGAAAGUACUUACUUCGUCUGCGCCAGGAGCACGUCAAAUUCUGGCGGCCUCAAAUCCUGCUUUUCGUCAGCGAUUUGGAUAAGCAGUACAAGAUGGUCUCUUUCUGCAAUUCGCUAAAGAAAGGAGCGCUGUUUGUCCUGGCCCAUGUCCUCGUGACCGAUGAUUUCUCAGCUGCGGUUCCUGAAGCACGUCGCCAACAGACAGCGUGGACAAAGUUUGUCGAAUACUCCAAGAUCAAAGCCUUUGUGAACAUCUCUAUUUCUCCCGCCGCGGAGUGGGGGAUGAGGAACAUCGUUCUCAACUCUGGCCUGGGAGGUAUGCGACCGAACAUUGUUGUCAUCGACCAAUUCCGAGAGGAUCGAUCGCUCGUUGAGACAUGGUCUGCGCACAGUGGUCGUAGGGAUUCCAAGGGUCGGCGCGCCAGUACACGAACCGAGGAGCCGCAGCCUGGACCGCAGAAUCCACCCAUGAGCGGGCAAAGCUAUGUCACAAUCCUUGAAGAUCUAUUGUUCAAGCUGCGGAUCAACGUCGCCGUGGCAAAAGGAUUUGAGGAUUUAGAGCUGCCUGAUCCUCACGGUCGCCAUACCAAGAAAUACAUUGACCUGUGGCCUAUUCAGAUGUCCGCCGAGCUUGGGGCUGACCAUGAAAGCAAGCAAAAUGUGUUGACCACUAAUUUUGAUACAUACACCUUGAUCCUUCAGCUGGGCUGCAUCCUCAAUACAGUUCCGUCGUGGAAGAAGACAUACAAGAUUCGAGUUGCAGUCUUUGUGGAAUAUGAGACCGACGUCGAAGACGAAAGAGCGCGAGUUGAAGCCCUUCUCGAGAAACUACGCAUUGAGGCCGAAGUCCUCGUAUUCUGGCUUGCAUGCGGCGAUCUCCAGUCAUACCGUAUUAUCGUGAAUGGCGAUACGUCGGCAGCGUCGCCCAACGCGGAGGAGAAAGUUAAGUCGACCCUGCAAGGAGAGGAAUGGUGGCAGGGAGUCCUCCAAGCUCGCACUCAAGCCCACGAUCCACAAGAUUCCGACCGAGCCAGUGACAGCUUGCACUUGGACAAGUCGUAUAGCUGGCAAGGACCAUCGAGCCAGGACAGUGGAGCUAAAGCCUUACAUCACCGAGUUACUGGGCUGAGAAAAUUGAUCCAAUCUACUCGCCGCAGGCGAUCCGUUUCUAGCUUCCGGGCGUUGGGCGGCGUGAACCUUGGCAUGCAGACACACCGCUUGUUAGAUGCUUUCGUCAACUACGAUAGCUCGGACAGCUCGAGUGAAAGUGAAGACAGCGACUUGGAAGCCUACACCAGCGACCCAGAGCCGGAGGAUGGUGGCGAGGACCUAGCCAGCGCCCAGAAUGAGCCACUGCCGGUAUCUGGUCCUUCAAGGCUUCUUGGAAGAGCCAAGACCGAAGACUGCAGCCCUAGUGCCGAUUCACCAGGGAUCACGAGCUCUCGGGCUGAAGGGAUCGACCGUCCCGAGCCAAUCCCCUCGAUCAUUGAGACCGGUGAAGAUGCUUCUCCCAAGAGCAAACCCACCGUUCGCCGGCCGCCAAUCAAUCGCUCCCCUUCGAGUAACCGGUUUAGCUCUUCCCCGAUCCCCGAAGCCAAAGUGAAUGCCGAGGCGGAGGAGAACAAUGGUCCUUCCAUCAUGUUUGCCGCCCAGAACUCACCCCCUCGGUUCACUAACAAGCUGGAUUCGAUCUACGCGCGUCGCCCAUCUGCCGUGUCCCCUUCUUCGCCCAGCACCCACGGCAGCUCACAUGUACAUGCACAUGCACAAGCCACCGGAUACCCCGGUGUGGCCUCUGUGCCGCUGUCCUUCAAUGACCUCCCGAGUCGGGCGCAACAUUUGAUUUUGAACGAGCUGAUGGCACAGCAGAGUGGUGAGACAGCGGUUAUUUUCACCACCCUGCCGUCUCCCGUGGAGGGCACCUCGCUUAGUGCGGAGGACAGUGCGUCCUUCCUCAGUGACUUGGAAGUGCUGUGGCAAGAUCUGCCACCGUGUCUGCUGGUCCACAGCAACAGCAUGACUGUGACGAUGAACCUAUGA